UGGGAAGGCGGAUAUGGAUAAGACUCUGUCUCAGCUUGUCUUUUCUCCUUAAAUGAUUUGGAGAUAGAAGGUAUGUGAAAGAGACGGGAAGAACCAGCUAUUUAUUCUCAGGCAGAAUAGGUGUGCAUGGUAAUGUCAAUGAACGGUCCAUUAUCAGCUGUCCUAAGAACUGUCUGUUCUAAGAAUGGAGAGGGGAACUGUUCGUCUGGAUCAUGAGGAAUAAAAAUGGCAAGAUAAGGGAGAACAAAAGUCCAACCAGAUAAGGCAGGGCAAAGACUGCUGUGCGUUUAAAAGCCACUUUUAUGCAAAAUUCCUAUCUGAGAGUUCGCCUAAUUUGGACAACUCUCGGUUAUAUUUCCCAGGAGUUUCCCACAUCUUUCCUUCAUAUUCCUUUAGAAGAGCAUAGGUAGCUCCAUGUCACAGUUUCAGAGCCCAUGGCAGUUGUACCAGCAGAGUACACCAAAUGAUCUGGAUGAUGAAAUGGAACAAAUGGCACCUUGUCCAUCCUUUACCGAUCCAGUCAGCAGCGAGUUUGACAGGAACAUUCCCCGUAUCUGUGGUGUUUGUGGAGACAAAGCUACCGGAUUUCAUUUUAACGCUAUGACAUGUGAAGGCUGCAAAGGAUUUUUUAGGAGGAGCAUGAAAAGGAAAGCAAUGUUCACAUGUCCAUUCAAUGGCGACUGUAAAAUCACCAAAGAUAACCGACGGCAUUGUCAGGCUUGCCGGCUGAAGCGCUGCGUUGACAUAGGCAUGAUGAAAGAGUUCAUUCUGACAGAUGAAGAGGUUCAAAGGAAAAGAGAGAUGAUAAUGAAGAGAAAGGAGGAGGAAGCUCUUAAGGAGAGCCUAAAGCCCAAAUUAUUGGAAGAACAACAGCAAGUCAUUGACAUCCUCCUUGAAGCCCACCGCAAAACCUUUGAUCCCACUUACUCUGAUUUCAGCCAGUUUCGGCCUCCUGUAAGGCGCAGAAGAAUUCCGAGUCGAUCUUCCUCUGUUAUGACCCAAAGUUUCUCCUCAUCAGAAGAUUCUUUAGACAUGUUUAGCUGUUCCCCAGAGCCUAAGAUUCCAGAGCUGAGCGAUGACAGCGAUGAGAGUGGAUGCAUGUCUAUCGACUUCUCACACCUCUCCAUGUUGCCUCACCUGGCUGACCUUGUUAGCUACAGCAUCCAGAAAGUGAUUGGCUUUGCAAAAAUGAUUCCAGGAUUCAAAGAUCUAACAGCGGAGGAUCAGAUUGCUCUCCUGAAAUCAAGUGCCAUUGAAGUUAUUAUGCUCCGUUCAAACCAGUCGUUUUCUCUAGAAGAUAUGUCCUGGACUUGUGGCAGCAAUGAUUUCAAAUACCAGAUCAGUGAUGUGACUCAAGCUGGCCACAGUCUGGAUUUGCUUGAGCCCCUUGUUAAGUUUCAGAUUGGACUGAAGAAACUGAGCCUGCAUGAAGAAGAGCACGUGCUCCUCAUGGCCAUCUGCAUCCUCUCUCCUGAUCGUCCUGGUGUUCAGGACACUGCUCUGGUGGAGUCCAUCCAGGAUCGCCUUUCUGAAAUUCUGCGGACAUACAUUAUCUGCCGGCACCCUCCUCCAGGCAACCGCCUGCUCUAUGCCAAGAUGAUCCAGAAGCUGGCAGACCUGAGGAGCCUGAAUGAGGAGCAUUCCAAACAGUACCGCUGCCUCUCCUUCCUGCCUGAACACAGCAUGCAACUCACUCCGUUGGUCCUUGAAGUCUUUGGCAAUGAGAUCUCCUGACUCGGGGUUUGGAAAUGAAGCACA